UCAAUAAGAUAAUGUUUUUUCAUGCCAAGAUCUGGCUUAUUUUCUUAAUAUAGUAAUUAACAAAAUCAAGGUACCAAGACUUCAGAAAGCUAUAAAAGAGAGAGUAUUUCUAAAUAGUGCAUUGAUACUCUAGUUUAACAUGAGUAACCAAAUGAACAACCGUCUUACUGUCAAUGAUGAAGACGUUCAGUGCAUGAUUGACAACAAUUCAGCUAUGUACUUUUCACCACAACGAGCUAAGCAAAAAAGGAGAUAUGAAUUGCAAAAACAUAGAUAUAUCGACAGGCUUUGCUCAGCGGAACGUCGGUUUGCAGCAUCUGAUGUCAAAGGCGUUAGACCCACCAUUUUUGUCGGUGACCACGGUCUAAGUGUAGGCUCACGAACAAAAGGACUCAUGCAUUACGGUGGCCACUGGAAACCGAAGAAGUACAGUCUGUAUACAAUU